UCCUGUUGGAGAAGCUGGGCCUGCUUGCCCACACCGCCGCCACCCAGAAUCCAGCUGGCUGACACAGGGAUCGCUGAGGCCACAGCUGGGCUUGGGCAGAUCCUGUUGGGGACGGCACGCUGGGCCCAGGAGCCGCCCAGAGCUGGCACAGGCACUGGGGCCCAAGUGAAGUUUACUUUGAACGGGGCCCGGAGCCAGGAGGAGGCGGCGGUUGCUACAAGGUCAGUGCCAGACCCUGCCCCAGCCCCAGAGGGCCACCAUGACCUUCAAAGCCCCGGCCACCCCCAUCGCCGCCCUGGGGUCCCCGCCCACCCUUCCCGACCCCCACCCUGGAGGCACCGCCCCUGACCUGUGCCCCGGGGCCCCCACUCACGGCCCUGCCGAACUCAGCUCUGGACUGGUCAGUCUGCCUGUGGCCUCCCUGGCCCCUGAGCGCCUGGACCCGCUGCACCAAGUGCUGGCAGGUGAUGGGUCGGACAGGGGGGCCCUGGGGAACCCCCAGGGUGCCAGGACUCCGGACAGUGAACCCCUGCUGGGGGCUGCAGCCAUGGCCUGCCCCUGGGCCAGGCCCACAGAGGACGAGGAGGAGGAGGAGGAGGAGGAGGAGGAGGAGUGCCCCAUCUGCACAGAGCCCUACGGGCCCGGUGAGCACCGCCUCACCCUGCUGAACUGCGGCCACGGCCUGUGCGCGGGCUGCCUGCACCGGCUGCUGGGCGCGGCCCCCAGUGCCGACCUGGGCCGGGUGUGCUGCCCGCUGUGUCGCCAGAAGACACCCAUGCUCGAGUGGGCGAUCUGCCGGCUGCAGGAGGAGCUGCUGCAGGCCGACGGGCCCCAGCGCCCCCCGCCUGCCGCCCUGCCCCCGCCCCCCCGCCGGGGCCCCGGGCCCUGGGCCUCCCUAGAGCACCGCUACCAGCUGCGCUUCCUGCCGGGGCUGGCGGGCGGCCGAGGCUGCCUGCCCUUCCUGCCCUGCCCGCCCUGCCUGGGCGCCCGGCUCUGGGCCCUGCGGGAGCGGGGGCCGUGUGCCCGCCGCCUGGCGCUGCUGGGCCUGCUGGCCCUCGAGCUGCUGGGCCUGCUGCUGGUCUUUGCCCCGCUCAUGCUGCUGGGGCUGCUCUUCAUGCUACUGGACAGCUCCCGCCCCUGA